GCACCGUUGCAUUUUGGCGCUCAAAGUAUCACAUUACGUCUCUUUCUCUCUCUUCUUAGCAUGGAUGAGUUACGGCUCUUUCCUCGACACUGAGGUCUUCAGGGUAAGUGUUAUGCUCACCAAAUUUCUAUUGUGAUAAUUUUACGUUUUUUUUCUCACAAUCGUUAUUUCUUAUCCCUCUUGAAAACUGCGCGGUAAACCGUUGCAUUCCACGUGCUCGAUUUCAAUGCCUAAUUAUUUGUGUUUGGUAAAAUUUGUGCACAGCCUCAUACUAUUGUAAAACAAAUCUGUUUUCCCAAUGGCAAUGUAUUGUUUUUGUCAUUGUUUUCUCUAUCCAAGAACUGAUUGCAUGAUGUAGUAUGGGGCUGUGCGGAAAUUUUACCUUUGUGUUUAUCAGAUUGUUUAUCUUACGUUUUUUCAAAAGUACUUCAUAUUAGCGGUUCUACAUUUUAAAUGUAGAUAUGUCAAUAAGCGAUUUCUAGCAAGAAGGAUGUAGCGCCUUGAAGGGCAAGAUUUCCGCACAGUCCACUGAUUCUGCGUUUUUCCACAAAGUUCUUGCAUAACGGAAACGCACUAGCAAAAAUAGUAGAUUGCCUUUGGAACUUCUUUACGGCUUUGUUUCAGAAUAUUCUGGGGCUAUGCAAAAAUCUUUCCUCUUUUCGUACAAACGCUAAGGAGAGAUGUUGUCUUCGAGCAUAUUCUACGUCAAAAUUGCUUUGCCAGCGUUAUAACUAACGGUUCGGCUUAACUAUUGUGUUAAUCCAAGUAAAUGAUCAAUUUUCAGUUCUCUGGGUUAAAGCCCACCUGUGUUAGCUAAGGGAUUGUCUGUUAUAUCAGCUAACUUCUAACAUCUGUUAUAUCAGCUAACAUCAUGUCAGCUAACGUUAUGUCCUGGCAAUUACUGUGGGAAUUGCAAAGGUGAGACUUAAUGAAAUUUACCUCAACUCAGCUAGGAUCCUUGAAAAGAAUUUGUCUGGGAUUGUGAGGCUAUUACAUGUAUAUCUGACCUUCAAAAUGCUCUUACUGGAAGAAGUUUCCAUUUAUUGAAACAAUCUUUCCCUUUCACUGAUUAAAUUGUUUUAAAUCACAUACACAUUGUAAAACUCAAGCUAGACAUACAAUGUUAUAGUCUACUGACCAAAAAAUACUCUUUUUCAUUAUAAAUAUGUGCAUGAGUAAUGAUAAUAAUAAUAAUAAUAAUAAUAAUAAUAAUAAUAAUAAUAAUAAUAAUAAUAAUAAUAACAAUAACAAUCAAAACUAUAACAAAAUUCUCAAACAUGGUUGGUUAGCACCAGUCCUAUUUGAGUACCAAUAGGUCAUGCCUGUGUUUGUGUCACAUGUGUGCUGUUGUUGCACUUUUUGCUAAGUUAUCUGUUGUUUUCUAUGAAAAGGUAUAACCAAGGGCUAGUUUGUUUCUAGAAUGUUGUCAUAGUUUUGAUUAAUUGGUAACAGGACUUCAAGCUGUCCAAUUCUGUCUCUAAUCAUACUUGUGAUUAACAAAUUUGUCAUUCACUUCAAAUUCGUCAUGGAUUUUUCGGUAUCACUUUCACAACUAGACUUCAUCAGACCCCACUUAGUCCUAUCAUCAUUAUACUUAUAAUGAUAACCAAAGUGAUAACAAUAAUGAUGAGAUACUUGAGGUUAAGUGAAUUUUCUACAGAUGUUUCAUGUGUUCCCUCGAUGAAAUGAGUAAAAUCUUAGGAACUUUUUAGUUGUAAAUAUAUAGAACUAAAUUUGUGAAUGAUGGUGUAAGAAAGAAUUUGUUUUUAGAUCAUGUUUUAAAAUGUAACUUAAUUUAUUUACUUGAAUAAGCCCCCCCCCCGAAUAUGUGCAGCAUCACCUUUGCAGCACUUAUUCUAUUAAUUUUUUCUGUCGUGAGCUGCAAUGACUCAUGCACAUUCUGAUAUCUUAAGGCAAUUAGAAGCAAAUCAUUUUGAAUUGGAAAGUGACAACAGGCUGACUGCUCCUCGAAAAAGACGGAGAGGUAUGUAAACAUAUUUGCAUUGUUAUAAAGCCUGGAACUUUUGUAGUAGGGUUAAUCUGUGGGUUUCUUGUUAGUUUUCACAAGCAACAGUUUGAAUCUCAGUUGGAGGUGUAUGUUAGGACCUUGUGACAAACAAAAUUUCAAAAAUUUUCUAGAUUUAGUUGUACUUGUGAAUGUGGAGACAACAAUUUUGAUCAAAUUUUUAUAAGAUUUCCUGUAAGAAAAAACCUAAAUUAUGCCUUACAGAGUUGUAAAUGUAUAACAUGAUCAUUCUCCUAAAUUAAUGGGGCUAAAAGAAGUUUUGAAGAGUUAACCCUUCAACUCCCAGAUCAAAUUUGUAAUUCUUCCUACUGUCAAUAAUACAAUUAUUAUAAUGUCACUUCAGAGAAUUAAGUAUUGGAUCAACUAAUUAUCUCCAAAUAGAUAUUUUCUUUCAUUCUCAUCAAUUAUUUGGUUGAUAUUGUAUUGAUAAUGUAAGGAGAAAUUCUGUCUUGGUCACUCAUGGGAGUUAAAGGGUUAACACUUAAGACUACAUAAUCUGACUGGUAAUCCUUCACAUAUAUAAAUAAUAGUCAGGACCAUGUAAGGGUCUCAUUUAUCAGCCAUUUUACUGGUGUUGUGUCCUACUUCCUCUCUGUCAAAGAUUUGUUAAAUACUCUCUCAUGUGGUCAAAUCAAACUAGUCUGAAUUUGUUCUGACCCAAAAUUACUACACUGUAUUACUACAUUCACUUUUUAUCUGAAAGUUUAGUUUCUUUUGUACUUAGUGGGUCUGGAAUCUAGUGAUUCCAAGAGCUCAAGUCCAGAGACAGAUGACUCAGUUUCCAGAUCUGAUGGGAGCUCAGACACAAACACAGACAGUUACACAGAGGAAGAGAACUUUGGUCUUAUAGAGGAGAAACCUAUUCUAGCCAAACAAAAAGGUAGAGCUGUGUAUAUUUACAUGUAUAUAAUGUACAUGUUGCUUACAAAGGCAUGUCAUCACAAUCAGUUUGUUUAAGCAUGCUUCACAAUCCAAUCAUUCUUUAACUACACUCAAAGGCAUUAUGAAAGCAAAAAAUUAAUGCCAAUUUGAUUUGCUUUAAUAUUUUUUAAUUCUGGGAGAGUUUUGGUGUAACCUUCGUUGUAGAUUUCUGAGUUUAAAAUGUCAUUGAAAUUAAUACUAAAUGCAUCUUUUACGUCAAAAGGGUUUUGUUGCUGGCUAAGUCUAUUUAAGAGUAAAAGACCUAUAUACAAUGAAAACUAAUGAAAAAGCUCAAUUAUGGUACCAGAGACACAUAAUUUGCCUCCUAAAUUUCACCUGAACUUUUUGAAAUAACUUUUGUAAUUCACUCCAAGGUAUGAAUUAUUUGUUUAUCAAGAGUCAGUUAGAGUCUGUUACAGUUCCUAAGGGCUGUAGAUAAAAACUUCACUAUUUUGGAAAUUUAGCCUGAAGGUAGAAGAGGAAAAAACUGGUGUAAGGCUAAGUGCAUGUUUGUGCUACAUGUACACAUAGCUACCUGCUCUCUUGCACCAAGACCCAUGUGAAAGAUAUGCUCUUAGAGCUCUGAUAUAUGCUCUCAAAAGCUUUCAAAAAGCAAGUUUUACAUUAAUUGUACAAUGACAUAAAUAAGUUGCCUCACCUCUGGUACCAGGGCUCUAUAAGAACAUGGUCAUGCUUUUGUGGGUAGUUAAUUUAUAGUGCUAAUUUCCAGAUUUUAUUUCAGAAUUAACUUCCAAUUUAAUCAUAAAGUACUUCGAAUAGUCAAUUUUGCAUGUGCACAAUUAGAUGCCAAUUAACAAGAAUGUGGUUGAGAGUGCCUUUCUCAGUAAUAAUUUGUUAUACUAACCUUGCUAGGUCUCUUGUCUCUUUUGUAACAAAGUUAACCUUAGCUUUUACCCUCAAACAACUCUGAAAUGGACUAUUCUCAAACACAACGAACCUUACAAGUCCAUCAGUGAGCUGUAUCAAUUUAGUUUUCUUUUUUAAGUAUGUGAGAUAUUGUAAGCACUGAACUCUUGUUAACCUUAUCUAUUCAAGUUUCCAAGAACACCAUCACCAAAAAGCAGACAGCUAGAGCUUCCAACACAACAAAUAAAAUGGAGAAGAAUGAAAAAGGUAACAAUUUUUGUUACAUCAUUUAUGGCUUGUUCCAGGCUCAGAUGGUCAGUGGAGACAAAAAGAGAGCACUGAAGGUUGCUAUUUGCAUGCUUAGUUUCCCCAUCCACUGAUUAAAAGCUUGGCAAAGGCUAGUUCCUUUUUUUUAAAAAUUAUGGUCAUUAAAUACAGUACUGUAAUAAUUCAAUGAAAUAAAUCUUUAGAUAAGUUAUUUUCGUUAUUCAUUGCAUGCGGGUUCAUGAAGAAGUAAUUGCAGUUUUAAGAUGGAACACCAACUGACUUACCUCAGUAUAAUAGCACAUAUUCAAAUUAUUAGUGCAUGCAUGCCUGUUCUUGGCUUUGUCUUACAUUAUGAAGCAAAAGUAUUUUGGAGUUAUGACAUUUGAAUAACAAGCACAAUGUUGCCAUUCUUGUGUGAAGAGCUCAGUACAAAAAAGUCACAGAGGUAAUAUCAUUGGUAAUGAGAGAAACAGUUUCUUUAGUUAUGUGUAGUUUCUGUUUUUGUGUGUGUGUGUUUUUUUUUUACCUAGUUUGAUGUUGUGUUUUUAUAUUCAGCUAUGUGCCAUUAUUUAAUUAUGCUGGACUAUUUUUUAAGGUGCAUCUGAGGAAAUUCCGGCCAAAAAACCAAGGAAAAGAAAGAUUAGCAAGGAGAAUACAGGGAAAGGUAACUUAUUUAUAAAGAUCAGUACUAUUAGAUAACUUCAAGUCAGAUUAAAUCCUUGUAUAGGACUUUGUCUAUAAUGGUAAUUGAACUGAGUGGAGUGCAAUUUGGGCUGAAAUAAUACGCGUGAUUUCAAAAUCAAUUGAGCGCAUAGCAUGAGUUCGAUCUGAAAUCACAAGUAUGAUUUCAGACCAAAAUUGCACGACACGAGGUUCAAUUACCACUUUAUUACGUCCAUUUUGAAAUCGCCAAUUCAUGAAUAAAUUGCACCAAUUAGAGCCAAUCAGAUUACAGGCAUCACCAGUGAUUUCAAAAUGGGUGUAAUAAUAUUUAAUAAUGUUGCUUCCAGAUUCCUAAAAAAUGCAAAUGGGGGUAGUUGUAAGACAGGAGCUAAUGGUCAACAAGUUGUCAACAGCAUAUAGGAGAUAUCUUUAGCAGACAUGUUUUGCUGACUUACAUUGCAUUAUAUUAGAGAUGAAGUUUUACACAAAGUUGAUAGGGAGAAUAAAUUCUGCAUCAUUUUAGGAGAUUUUAAUCUUGAUUUUCUUAAACUGGAUUCUCACCCAGAUACAGAAGGUUUUUAAAUAUUUUGGGGUCCUUCAGCUUUCAACCUCAUAUUUUACAACCUACUUGAAUUACUGACCACUCAAAAACUCUAAUUGACAACAUUUUCUUCAAUUCUUGGAACACCUCACAUUAAGUGGGAAUAUUGUUUAUGAUGUUACUGAUCACCUACCUAAUUUUCUUAUUAUUCAAAAAUUCACUUCUUCACCUAUCAAUGUAAAAAAUUGCAAGCAGUUUGGCUUCUGUGCAAAACACUCAACGGAUCAUGCUAUCCUAAGCAUCAUUGACUUGAUUCAAAAUGCAAUUGACUACCAGGAAUUUUCUUGUGGUAUAUUUUUGGAUUUCAGUAAAGCCUUUGAUAUUGUAAAUCAUAAUAUCAUGAUUGAAAAAUUAGAUUAUUAUGGUAUUUGUGGUGUAACCAAAGAUUUGUUCAUCUCUUAUCUUACCAACAGAUAUCAAUAUGUAUCCUAGGGGCAAACUGAGUCUCAACCUCAACCUGUCUCUUGUGGUGUUCCUCCAGGCUCAGUUGUUGGCCCACUAUUAUUUCUUGUAUAUAUAUCAAUGAUUUUAGUAACUGCUCUGAAAUUCUAGAUUUUCAUUUAUUUGUAGAUGAUGCCAAUCUGGUUUACAAACACAAAAAUUUUACAAUCCUUGAAUCCAAAGUAAACAAUGAACUUGUAAAUAUUCAUACUUGGUUGAGUGCUAACAAACUUUCACUUAAUAUUGAUUAGUUGAACUUUGUCAUUUUCCACUCUCCACAAAGAAAGUUACCCUUUCAUGUCACACUCUCUUUAAAUGACAUUUACUCAAACCAAGAGUACUCAAUAAAACAUCUAGGUAUUAUAAUAGAUUCUAAUUUAUCUUGGAAAAGUCAAGUAAGCUAUAUUGCUGAAAAGAUUAAGACAUUGUAAGCACUGAACUCUUGUGAACCUUAUCUAUUCAAGUUUCCAAGAACACCACCACCAAAAAGCAGACUGCUAAAGCUUCCAAUACAACAAAUAAAAAGGAGAAGAAUAAAAAAGGUAAAAACUUUUGACACAUCACUUAGGGCUUGUCCCAGGCUCAGUGGAGGCAAAAGGAGAGCACUGAAGGCCGCUAUUUGUAUAUUUACUUUCUCCAUGCACUGACCUUUCCUAGGUCCUAGUUUGUUACUUUUUUAAGAAAUAAUGGUCAUUAAUUGAUUUAAUACUUCAGUGGAAUAAAUCUUGAGAUGAGUGAUUUUCUUUAUUCAUUGCAUGUGGGUUCAUGAAGAAAUAAAGCAAUUGCAGUUUUAAGAUGGAGCACCAACUGACUUAGUUCAGUGAUAGCAUGUUGUCAAAUUAUUAGUGCAUGCAUGCCUGUUCUUGGAUUUGUUCUUCAUUAUAAAGGAAGAGUUUGUUGGAGGUAUGACAUUUGAAUAACAAGCACAACUGAUGUUGCCAUUCUUGUGUGAAGAGCUCAUUGAAAAAAUCACGGAGAUAAUAAUAUUAUUAUUGAAAAUGAGAGAAACAGUUUCUUUAGUUAUGUGUAGUUUCUGUUUUUAUUUUUUUAUAUCACCUAGUUUGAUGUUGUGUUUUUAUAUUCAGCUGUGUGCCAUUAUUUAAUUAUGCUGGACUAUUUUUAAGGUGCAUCUGAGGAAAUUCCUGCUAAAAAACCAAGAACUCAACCUAUUAAAAAAAAGAGUAGCAAGGAUAAUACAGGGAAAGGUAACUUAUUGAUAAAAAUGAGCAUUAUCAUAUAGUGUAGCUUCAAGAUUAAUUCCUUGUAUAGGAUCUUGUGAAUAUAUGUAAUUAUGUUGCUUCCAGAUUCUUAAAAAAGCAAAUGGGGGGAGGUGGGGUAGUUUUAAGACAAGAACCAAUUGUCAACAAGUCAUCCACAGCAUAUAGAAGAAAUCUUUAGCAGACAUGUUUUUCUGACUUACUUACAUUGCAUUGUAUUAGAGACAAAGUUUUACAAGUGAUGUACGGGUAAUUGACUUUGGCUUUUCUUUGACUUUGUUUGGUCUCCCAUAAAAGCUCUGAGAGAAGUUGUCCUUUUUUUUUUAAACAGACCUAUCAAAGAGCUUUUUAAUCACAUUUACUGGUACUAAUUUUGCCUUAACUAUCACAAUUAAAUGUUUAUAAUCCCAGUUACCUGUCAAGAAACACUUACUAAAACUGCAAGACCUCAAGCUUUGAAAACAAGCAGUGAUUGGGGGAAUGAUAUUGGAGGUGAG